UUCGCACAAUUUGAUCGUGAACAGUGUUAUUGUUGUUCCACUCGACACUGUGUCUUUGUGCUACAGUGACAGAAGACCACAGUGUGUAUCUGAACCAUGGCGACCCUAAAACGAAUAAUCACCUUGUCGAAAACUCUAAACACACUGACAGCCACGUCUCGCUCGUGUAGCUUCCAAGCGUCGAAAAAAAGCUAUUUUACCUACGUGAAAGAGCCCUCCAUGCCAAUACCAGGCAAACAACCUUGUUGGCUCAAGACCGCCGACGAAGCUAUCGAACAGGCAGAACUAGAUUCAGAUCAAGUAGUAUUUGUUCAGGGAGCAGCAGCAACACCUUCCGAACUCUUAAGGGCAAUGACUGAUUAUGGUGUACGAUGUGACAUAAGAAAUGUAAAAUUAUACCAUAUGCACUUGGAGGGUCCAGCCCCAUUUGCUAAGCCUGAAGCUGCAAAACAUUUUAGGUCGAUGAGCUUAUUUAUUGGGGGCAACGUGAGACCGGCCGUGCAAGCAGGAACCGCCGAUUGUGUUCCGAUUUUCUUACACGAGAUUCCACGAUUAUUCAAGGAAGGAUAUGUUAAACCGGACAUAUCCCUUAUUCACGUUAGUCCACCGGAUGUCCAUGGAUACUGCUCGCUCGGUACCAGCGUAGAUUGUGUCAGGUCCGCCGUGAGUCAUAGCAAAUAUAUCGUGGCGUUAGUGAACAAGAACAUGCCGAGGACAUUCGGCGACGCCAUCAUUCAUGCCAGUCACUUAGACUUUGCUGUGGAGUAUCACAAGCCACUUCCUGUUCACCCUGUGAAAGCCCCAUCGAAAGAGGAACAGCAGAUCGGUAGAAAUAUUGCUGAACAAUUAGUGGUGGAUGGAGCUACUUUGCAACUGGGCAUCGGAAGUAUACCAGAUGCGGUGCUGUCAGAGCUAAAGAAUCACAAGGAUCUUGGGAUUCAUAGUGAAAUGUUCAGCGACGGCGUGGUAGACCUUGUAAAUAGAGGAUGUAUUACUAAUAAUAGAAAGACAAUGCACAAGGGCCGAAUCGUUGGGUCUUUCUGCGUUGGCUCGGAUAAAUUAUAUGACUUUAUGCACAAUAAUCCAUUCAUUGAAAUGUUGGUAGUGGAUUACGUGAACGAUCCCAAAAUAGUAGCCAAACAACCUCACAUGACAGCCAUUAACUCGUGUAUCGAGGUCGAUCUUACGGGACAGAUUUGCUCAGAUAGUAUUGGAACGAGAAUGUAUUCUGGAUUCGGAGGACAAUUAGAUUUUAUUACGGGUGCAGCGAUCAGCGAUGAUCGUUGCGGAAUGCCAAUUAUUGCGUUGCAGUCCGUUACCGGCAAGGGCGAGAGCAAAAUUACACCCGUUCUGAAACUGGGUGCCGGUGUCGUCACAAACAGAGCAGUUGCUCGAUAUGUCGUCACGGAACACGGAAUUGCCAGUCUGUUCGGUAAAAGUCUUCAGCAGCGAGCUUACGAAUUAAUUCAAGUCGCCCAUCCCGAUCACAGGGAGGCUCUAGAGAAAGCAGCAUUCGAGCGGUUGAAAGUCAUGCCAGCGCCAUAAGUGGUCCACCGAAAGCAACGCCGAAAGACUCUUUUUUAAUAGCAUUUUGCGAUAUUUGUUGUUCUCUACAACCGAUAAACAUUUAUUCGCGUUGAAGACAACUAUCAUAAACUCUUUGUGUAAUUUACUCCUUCUUGCCAGGGAUAAAAAUAACAUAAAGUCGUACACCGACGAAACAAAUAUCGAAAACUAAUCUUCAAUAUACAUAGGUAAUUACAUUCUGAGUAAGCAUCGGAAGGCCUUCUAUUGUCGAAUAGACACUGAAUUAUUCAUUAUUAAACAAACAUGGAAGAAGCUUUAAUUUUAAACGAGUAUUUAACAUUAGUCACGCCGAGAACACUGUAUAAUGACGAUGGAUACUUUUUAUAUGGAGUUUUAAAGUCGUUCUUCUGUACAAUGCAAUUAAUGUAACAACUGGAGACACAUCGCAUUCGAAGAAAUAAAUUCAAGAUGGAAUGUAUACGUUUGUAA